AACCCCCACAAAACCACCACGAAAAUCAAAACCCACCCACGAAAAUCAAAUCCCACCCACGACAACUAAAACCCAUAAAAUCCAGCCCACGACAAUCAAAACCCAUAAAAUCCCACCCCACGAAAAACAAAACCCAGAAAAUCCAACCCACCAUUCUCACGAAACCCCCCAUAGAGAGAGAAAGAAGAUCUAAAAAAGAUGAAGAGAGAUAAUGAUAUUGAAAGAGCAGAGAGAAAAUAUGGGGGAAUGAUGAUGUAGGUGAAUGAUGAUGUAGGUGAAUGUAGAUGGUUUGGGUUUCUUGAGUUGAAGAUGAAGAGUUGAUGAAUUAGAUUGGGAGAGAAAUUAGUAAUUAAUUAAAUCUGAUUAUAGUAAUUGUGUUUUAAUUUUUUUUAAUGAGGGUAAAAUUGACAUUUAACUAGUAUUUUUUUACUUCAAAAAAAAAAGAAAAAAUUUUAAUUGCACAUAAUACUUAGCGGACAAAAAUAAUAAAAGUUACAAAAACCAUUUAACGAAGACCUAAAUAACUUUCACCCCUUAAACCCAAUUUUAAAAAGCGAGGUACUUGCAAAAACCAAAACGGAAAGAGCACCAAUCUAGUAAUUCGAGCUAAUACCAAAGAGCCCAUCCUUGUCGGAAGCAUAGAACAAGAAGAAGAAUGAAAAAGGAUUCGAUUUUAAACCCUUUUCUGGGUCAGUGAACUAAACAGCAAAAGUUGCAUAUACUCAACUUCCAACUCAAACCAAAUCUUUUUCUUUUUUUUUUUUUUUUUUUAGUACUUUCCCUUAAAAAAAAACAGAAAUUGCUAUUGCUUCUUCAGUAUAUUCAAACACGUCAUUCUUCUUCUUCUUUUCUCUCUCCUUUUCAUAAUUAAACGCUAAAAACCUAAAUUUAAUUCUUAAAACCUAAAUUGAAAGAGGGGUUUUUGUUUGAUUUCAUGAUUUUAGAAAUUAUUUGGUGAAAUGGGUAAAUGGGAUCGACGCUAUUAUGCUCGACCAAGGCGCCGUUAUUAUCAAGAUUAUCAAUGGUCUCCUCCCAGAGAUGAACCUUGCCCUGACCCUGAAACUGAGGUUUGGCAGGAUAAUGUGCCGAUGUGGGAAAAAAAGUUUUGCUAUAUGGUGGGACGGAUGCCAUGGAAGAAAGUAUUGAGUACGAAAAACUUUAUGAAUCUCCUUAGUAAUAGUAAUGUGCUUAGCUGGGAUGAUUCUGCUGGUGAGGAGGCUUUUAAUACUGCCAAAAAACGCUUUUGGGAAGAGAUGAAUGGCCUUUCAUGUGAAACUGAACUCCCUAAUCCAGAUAUGUACAUUGAUGAAAUAGAUUGGAACCCCUAUAUAGAACCAGAUUUAAUUAGGGAGGCAGAUAAAGCAUACUUCAAUCCAGAUGAUAAAUAUUACUUACCUUCUGCUACUAGGUCAAAAGAACAUAGUGGAUGGCCUGUUGAUGCCAAUGAUCAUUGUGAACAUGCUUAUGUACAGAGUUGCACAGAGAAAAAUAAAGGAUCAGGCUGGGGCCAGUGGGAUAAUUCUGGUAAUGUUGCUAGCACUGCGAAUAAAGAUGAUGAUCCUUCGGUGAGCCGUCAAAUACAUGAUAAUGGAGCUGUCAAGGAUAAACCUACUGGUCGGAAUCAGUGGGAUAGCUCUGUUAGUCAGACAAGCAAGUUGAAUACUGAUAAUGAUCCUUGGGAAAGCCAUUGCACUCGGGGGAAUGAAGCUGUUAAAGAUAAUACUUGGGGAGGUGAAUGGAAUAAACCCUCGGGUUUCCAACCAAAUAAACAUCCUGAUGUGUCUAACAAUUGGGGUGCCAAUGGUAAUUCAUGGAGAAAAGAAAGCUCUGGAUGGCAAGAUCAGGGAGCAAGUUCGAGGAGCUGGAAUCAAGAGACAGGAAAGGUACCCUAUUCCAGCUAUUGGAGUGAUAGAAAUAGAAAUAAACCUCAAGAAUACAGCUCUUAUCGGGGUAAUAGAAUGCAAAAUGGUAGGAGCAACCAGUGGGGGCAGAAACCCAGCGACAAGUAUAAUUGGGGGCCGAAAGAUUCCAUUAAUAUCCAUCGAGGCCAAGGACAGUUAAAUGCAGGUUGCCGUAAAAGAGAAGGUCCUGAUUACUAUGUCGCCAACAACAAGGGCCCAAAGUUACAGGGGGAUGGCCAAUCAUCUUGUCACUGGAAUGGAAGUAACAAUAGGAGGGGAAGUUUUGGAGGCUACUGAUCUUAAUUGGGCUUGUCUUAAUUCUGGGUUCAUUUCUAGUUCAUUUUGUAACUAGCUCAUUAUAUAAUAGUAGGUCGAUAGUAUAUAUCUGGUUCUGGUGAAUUAGUCAUUCUAUCCAUGGAUGGAGCGAUGAUGGGGCUUUAACUGAGCUUGUGACACCCUUUUUAAAUGUGGUGUUUCUGUGAUCUUGUAUGCCAUCCACAUAUUUUGGCAUUUAGUUUAGAAGUAAUGUGGAGUAUGUAGUUUUAGAUGAGGUGUUCUAGCAUCACUGUGAAUUUUUUUAUAUGAAGCCAUGAAAGGCAUCGUUGUUGCAACCAAACUGUACAAAUUAUCAGGAGAUUUAAAAUUUUUUUGGGCUAUUGCUUUUCAUCUCUUCA